CCGCCGAGGCGCACGAGGGCAGCCCGGACCCCGCGCCCGCCGCGCUGCACCCUGAGGAGGUCGCCGCGCGGCUGCAGCGGAUGCGGCGCGAGCUGAGCAACCGCAGGAAAAUCCUGGUGAAAAACCUGCCCCAGGACAGCAACUGCCAGGAGGUUCAUGAUUUGCUAAAAGACUAUGAGUUAAAGUAUUGUUAUGUGGACAGAAAUAAACGAACAGCUUUUGUUACAUUAUUGAAUGGAGAACAAGCACAGAAUGCAAUUCAGACAUUUCAUCAAUAUUCUUUUCGAGGAAAAGACUUAAUAGUCCAGCUCCAGCCAACAGAUGCUUUGCUGUGUAUUACCAACCUGCCCAUUUCUUUUACACUAGAAGAGUUUGAAGAACUUGUUCGUGCUUAUGGAAAUAUCGAGAGAUGUUUUCUGGUCUACAGUGAAGUUACUGGCCAUUCCAAAGGCUAUGGAUUUGUGGAAUACAUGAAAAAGGACUUUGCUGCAAAGGCUAGAUUGGAGCUAUUGGGUAAACAGUUAGGAGCAUCAGCACUCUUUGCACAAUGGAUGGAUGUUAAUCUAUUGGCCUCAGAGCUCAUUCAUUCUAAGUGCCUUUGUAUUGAUAAACUCCCUAGUGACUACAGGGAUUCAGAAGAGCUGUUGCAAUUUUUUUCCAGUGUCCAUAAACCUGUGUUUUGCCAGCUUGCACAGGAUGAAGGUAGUUAUGUUGGCGGCUUUGCAGUGGUUGAAUAUAACACUGCGGAGCAGGCUGAAGAGGUUCAGCAAGCAGCAGAUGGGGUGACCAUCAAGGGAAGCAAAGUCCAGGUUUCCUUCUGUGCCCCAGGAGCACCAGGGCGAAGUACAUUAGCAGCAUUGAUAGCGGCUCAACGAGUGAUGCACAAUAAUCAAAAGGGCUUACUUCCAGAGCCAAAUCCAGUACAAAUUAUGAAAAGUUUAAACAACCCUGCCAUGUUGCAAGUUCUUCUACAGCCCCAGCUAUGUGGGCGAGCUGUUAAACCAGCAGUUCUCGGAACCCCUCACAGCUUGCCGCAUCUGAUGAAUCCAUCCAUCUCCCCUGCAUUUCUACAUUUCAAUAAAGCACAUCAGAGCUCACUCAUGGGUAAUACUUCUAAUUUAUUCCUUCAGAAUCUUUCUCGUGUACCACUGGCACAGCAACAAUUAAUGAAGUUUGAGAAUGUUCAUACUAACAAUAAACCUGGCUUACUUGGAGAACCCCCAGCUGUGGUACUUCAAACCGCACUUGGAAUAGGGUCAGUGCUUCCACUGAAAAAGGAAUUGGGACAUCACGGAGAAGCACAUAAAACAUCUAAUCUGAUUCCAACUCAAACAACUAUAACAGCUGGAAUGGGCAUGUUACCAUUCUUCCCAAAUCAGCACCUUGCUGGACAAGCUGGGCCAGGGCACAGUAAUACUCAAGAGAAACAGCCAGCCACAGUGGGAAUGGCAGAAGGAAACUUCUCAGGGUCACAGCCUUAUCUUCAGACCUAUCCAAAUCUUACUGCUGGAGGCUUGCUGGGAGGACACCACAAGCAGCAGCAAAGCCAGCCAAAAGGCACAGAGGCUGCCUCUAAGAAUCAGACUUCACUUUUGGGAGAACCACCAAAAGAAAUUCGGCUCAGUAAAAAUCCAUACUUGAAUUUGGCAAGCGUGUUGCCCAGUGUGUGCUUAUCAUCCUCUGCAAGUAAAACCACUCUUCAUAAGACUGGAAUUGCAAACAACAUUCUGGAUGCAAUCUCUCAGGGAAAUGAAUCACAACACACAUUGGAAAAGUGCAUUGCUUAUUCUCCACCUUUCAGUGAUUAUGCACAGGUGUCAUCUUUAAGAAAUGAAAAACGAGGCUCAUCAUAUCUCAUCUCUGCCCCAGAGGGUGGUUCAGUGGAAUUUGUGGACCAGCAUUCUCAGGGCACAGGAGCAUAUUACAUGGAAACCUACUUAAAAAAGAAGCGAGUGUACUAAGUUGAGCUCUCUCCUUAUCACCUCCUAAGGUUCUCUGCAGUAUCUCUGCUGUUCAUCGCUGCCUUAACUAUAUUCAAACUAGCCAUAUAUCCUUUAAAUACGGGUUUAUAAUUUCCCAGAAGGAACUGUGUUGUGCAGCAGGCAGAAUUGCCAAAUGAAAAAUAGCAAUAAGAGACAUCAAUUGAAGACAUUUUCCACUAGAAUUAGAUGCAUCUUAUUAGCGUUAACUUACAAUCCAUUGGAGAAACUAACAAUGUUCCAAUAUUUCUUGUUUUAGGACCAGGAAUAAUUUUGACACCACCGUGUAUAAAAGUUUGAAGCAAUAAAUGGGAAACAGUCUUGUUUCCUGAGCCUUAGAAGAAUGCGUUUCUUCCUCCCCCGUGUUUAGAUGCACCUCCACUAUAGUACAAACAGAAGAAAGGGAAGAUGGGUGAAUUUUACACCAGAGCUGCAAAGUGGAAGAGGUUCAAAGAACUAAAACAAAGGUGUUUGGAUUCCAGCAUGUGAGGAUAUGCUGUCCAUGCUGGCCUGUGCCCCAUGAUCAUUGGACAGGACAGAGAAGAGCACAUCAAGUGGUGUUAGUAAUAAGGGCCAUUUCCAAUCUCCUCCUCCCCAAAAAACCUAUACUGUUAUUUUUCUAUGUAAGCAAAUUGUUUGAAAUGCUUUGAAAAUGAAAUCUUACUAUUAAAAGGCAUAUGCAUGUAAA